AAGAAACCCUUCCCCUGGCACAACCAUGAACUCAGUCAAACACCCCUCAAUCUGACCCAACCCACAGCAUGAUCUCCGCUCUCCUCGCCGCCCUCCUCCUCGUAGCGGGCUACUACCUGACGACAACCCUAAUUUCGCGCCAAAAGCACCCACCUCUGCCCCCAGGCCCUCCCCGCCGACCCAUCAUCGGCAAUCUCAACGACCUCCCUCGCCCCGGCCAACAGGACUGGAAACACUGGCUGAAGCAUAAAGAGCUCUACGGCCCCAUCAGCUCCCUCAGCGUCCUCGGCCAAACCAUCAUCAUCGUCAACGAGGCCCGCCAUGCAGUCGAGCUACUGGAAAAGCGCUCGGCGAUCUACUCCUCCCGCCCGCAGCAGAAUUUCGCCGAGAUGUCCGGAUGGCACAACGUGCUCGGCUCCGUGAAAAGCACCGACCGCCUGCGCGCCACCCGCAAGAACCUCCACCGCGAGAUCGGGUCGAACAAGUCGGUGGGCCGGUUCGAUGCGGUGCAGACUGCGGAGGUGGGCCGGUUUCUGAUGCGCGUGCUGGACGCGCCGGGGCGGUUGAUGGAGCAUAUUCGCAAAGAAGCCGGCGCCAUCAUCCUCAAGAUCGGAUACGGGUAUACGGUUGAGCCGCACGGCCGGGAUCCGCUGGUCGAGUUGGCCGAUCGAGCGAUGGAGGAUUUCUCGGUGGCGAUGUUGCCGGCGACGUAUUUGGUGGAUUACAUUCCGUUCUUGAGACACCUCCCCCCCUGGCUCCCCGGCGGCAGCUUCAUCCGCACGGCGCGCGGGUACAAGCAAACCGUCACGGCCUUCAGCGACCUCCCCUACGCCUUCGUGCGGCACCAGAUGCACCACGCCCACGGCCGCUACACGCCGUCCUUCCUGUCCAACCUGCUGGAGCACCAGCCCGCACUGCCCCCCGGCUCCGAGGCCGAGGUCACCGUGAAAUGGUCGGCGGCGUCGUUAUAUGCUGGUGGAGCGGAUACGACCGUCUCCUCAAUCGCCACCUUCUUCCUCGCCAUGGCCCUCUUCCCGGACGUGCAGCGCAAAGCCCAAGCCGAACUCGACUCGGUCCUCGGGGCUGCGGAUCGGCUGCGGCUGCCCACCUUCGCGGACCGCGAGAGCCUGCCCUACCUGAACGCCCUCAUCAAGGAGGUCUUCCGGUGGCAUCCCGUCGUGCCGAUGGAUCUUCCGCAUGUGGUGACCCAGGAGGAUGAGUAUGAGGGGUACUGGAUCCCGAAGGGGGCCUCGGUUUUGGCGAAUAUUUGGGCAUUCACCCACGACCCGGAUGUGUAUCCUGAUCCGGAGGCGUUUAGGCCCGAGCGGUUCCUGCCUGAUGCUGCUGCUGCUGCUGCACCCGGUGCUGGUGUUGGUGGUGAGGGCGGUGGUGGCGGGGGUGGCGUCCAACGAGACCCCCACCUCCUGGUCUUCGGGUUCGGGCGUAGAGUCUGCCCCGGACGGACCCUGGCGGAUGCGAACGUCUACCUGACUAUUGCCCAGGCGCUAACGGUAUUUCGGAUCCAGGGGCCCGAAGGAAACCCCGAGUGGAAGCCUGAGUUCGUGCCGGGGGUGAUCAGUCAUCCUGUCGUGCCGGCGGGGUUGAGGAUCGAGGCGAGGAGUGAGGCCCAUGCAGCGUUGGUGAGGGAGGUGGAGAGGGCGUAUCCUUUUGAGAAGAGUCAUUCGGAGGAGUUGGUGGGGUUGUCUUAUUAGUUCUAUAGUGGGUGGUUGAAGAGGUACACAUGAGGGUUGAUUAGGUAUAUAGUAUUGGCUAUGAAAGUAAAGAAUAGAUGUUGG